AUGGCCAAAAGACUGGGCCGCCUUCUAAGCGACAUUUUCAUUAUCAAACCAACUGGAUUCACUUCGUGGAUCACGUACGCUUCUGUGACCUACUUGGGAUAUGUUUGGUACGUGGACGGUCGGUGUCCUUUUCUUCCCUCGAAGGAAAGCGAUCGGCAGUCUCCCCUUCCGCAAGACGCUGAGCAGCUCGUCCAAGACCCCGCUGAAGAACGCCUGAUCCGCGAACUCGGUCUUCAAAGAAUGGAAAAAGCACGGCUUUAUUCCCGACAGUCCCGUCAGCGCGAAGAAGGACACCGUUCACGGGGAGAAGACGUCUUGAUCAACGGUUUAGGGAUUUUAAACAGAAGAAAGGAAACCAGAGACACGCAGAAGCUCCAUUUUUAUUUGGGGAGGAAAACGUGA